AUGCGAGGCGCAGAAACAGCAGCAGCAGCGCCCUGUCUUGUGCGGUGGUUGGCAGUUGCGGCGUGCGUGGUCCUCCCAGUCCUCUCUUCGCUGUGUGAGGAGGUGGCCGCUGCCGCAGCUGUGCAUGCGCCGUACCUGUGCGUCCUGCCGCUUGGGGACUCGCUGACGCAGGGGCUGUGGCAGCUGGGCUCGUACCGCAGCUAUCUGCACGAUCUCCUGCUUGCCGAAACUGGCAAGGCCAACGCUCUUAUAGCGGGUCACGGCUUUUUCGGCUCCGAGGACGAACACUGCUACGUGAUGGACCGUACGGUGCGCAACGGUGUUGCUGCGCACCUGCGCCGUGAGGGCGAUCCGACGGCCAGCGGCCGCCCCUCCACGUUCACGAUGCCUCACCAGGGGCAUUGCGGUUGGUCCGCCAGGCACGUGGCAGCAGGCCUUGCGAGUAUAUUCAAUUCCACUGGUAAGGGCUCGUCGCACGGCACGAAACAGGAACGGUACCGAGCAUCCUUUAGGUCGUGUUUAGAAAAGGCGGCGGCGAGGGGGAAGAGUCGUGAGGCGGCACCGCCCGUGCUUGUCGUGGUGACGCUACUCGUUGGGCACAAUGACGCGUUCCACUCCGCGGGUCGCUGCGCCCUGCUGAGGCACAAGCCCACGGUCCACCAGGAGAAGCAGAAAUGCGUGGAGGCUCAAAUGGAGGUGUAUAGGCGAAACAUAGACGAUAUUCUCCAGCUGCUGGAAGAUGAGUACGUCGUACGCCAGAAGCUUCCUUUGUUGGUGCUGUUCGGCCUCAAUCCCCCCACCUACUUCGGUCUGUCUGAUAAGCUGCUCCACCAGCACAUUCGAGCAGAAGCACAGGAAUGGGAGAGGAGGAAGAAGAAGGCUGUUGUGCGUUUGGUGGAGUUUGAGGGCUUUCACGUGGGUCUGACUGUGGACUCAACGCAUCCGGACCGCCACGGGUCGGAACUGCUCGCGCGGUGUUGGAUGAAGUCCCUCCGGGCAUGUCUGCGCUCCGAAGGCUGCGAUGCAGGUGGCGGGGGCAAUGACGACGACGACGGCGACGGCGCCGUCAGGUUUCUCGAGAGCGCAUUCAAUGCUUGGGCCCUGUUGGGGCUCUUGGUUGCCGCAUUGUGCGGAAUGAUGGUGUCGUAUGUUGUGCGGUGGCGGCGGCGGCCUCACCCACGGGACAGGUGGUCCGAGAGGAACUGA